CCUCCAGCUACCUCAUCACACACAAACAAGAAAACACAAACCAUAAUUAUGUCCUUCUCUCGCAUCGCAACUCUCCGCACCCCGCUGGCUAUCCACCUCGCUACACCUGUCCGCGCUAUGUCUGUCAGGGCAGCAGGAGGCGGUUUCGCUAAGCGUGAAAUUACUGAGGAAGAACGUUACGCAUGGGAGCAAGAAAAAGCGACCAUCAAGAAGUUGCGCGAGCAACUGGCUCUGAAGGAAACUGAGGCCAAGAAGAAGCUCGAUGCCGCGCCUCACGUUGACCCGGAGUUCCACAAGGAGCUCAAGGACAACAAGAACGUCUAUGGUACUGGUGCUAGUGGAACCGAUGCUUUGUCCAAGAGGGAAGCUGCGUCUGAGAACCGAUACAUUCACGACCGUGAGGCUGAGUUGAAGAACAAGAAGUAGAUGCGACCAGCGACCGAAUUGAGCACAGAGAAAGCUUUACCGUAAUAUAACCAAAUCAUCAUACCGAAUCUGGGGGCCUUCGAGUUUCGAU